AUGAGCGCCGCACCAGACAUCGAUCGAGUUAUGGAAGAAACCCGUCGUACCCCGUUUACUGACAAAAUAGCUAAUACUAGAAUCAGGGACACCGGAAAAAUUAGAUUCCCAGAGUACUCGGGAACCACCGACCCGAAAGCUCACAUCACAGCCUUCAGGUUGGCAAUAACAAAAGCUCACCUGAGCGAUUACGAAAAAGGACCGGGCUACUGUAGAUUCUUUGCAGAAAACCUGACAGGCCCAGCUCUCGAGUGGUUCGCAAGUCUAAAAGGCGGCUCAAUAAAUAGUUUCGAUCAGCUCGUAUCAGUUUUCCUUAAACAAUACUCGAUGUUUAUUGAAACACGAGCUACAGAAGCCGAUCUCUGGAAAUUACGCCAGGGUCCUGAUGAGCCACUUUGCCGCUUCAUAGCUCGCUUCAAAGAAGUGAAAGCGAAAAUCGCAAAACUCAAUGAUGCGGUAGACAUUGACGCUUGCAAAACGGGCUGUGGUUCACCUUACAAUUCAAACACGACUUGGCGGUCAGACCCACCAGCUCGCUUGACGAUGCGCUGCAUAAAGCAACAUUUUUUGCUCACGCAGAAGAGGACUAUUCGAGCAAUCUCGAAAAGUACAAUGCUAGGUUACUAG